AUGACAUCGAACUUCCGCAUCAACAUGUCUGGACAAGGAAUCUCUCACCAGGGCAUCACCGCCCCCGGUCUCAGCGAGGCGGACCAGAACAUCAACAACACUACAGAGGACAUUAGCAACAAGGCUUCUGGACACAAGGCCAACUUGAGCAACCCCAACACUAGCGAGGAGUCCAAGAAGAAGUCUGCUGAGGCGCUCAAGGCGCUCGGUGGUGAGGAUGCCUUCUACGGAAAGCAGGGCGAUGACGUCACCAACCCUGUUGUCUCCUUCCCCACACCUCCACCCCAGCCAUCCAAUCUCCCCCGACUCCAAAGUACCCUUACAAAGAAAAGCAACCACGAUCUUGUCGCCCAUCGAUAUCCUGCAAAGCCACACAUCAUCAUCACCAUGUCCUCAGACCACCCAGAAAUACCCACCCUCCACUCCAAAGCCGAGUAUCUCCGCGCCGUCAUGUACGAAGGCGUCACGAUCCUCGAAGGCACAGCGACUUGGUGCAAAAACUGCCACAUCAUCGCGCCCGAAGUCGCUAAGAUGGUGACUGAGUACCCAAAUGUCAAGUUCUACACGUAUGAUGUUGAAGAGUGUGAGGAUAUUGCGCAGGAAUUGGGGGUGAGGUCUAUGCCGACGUUUAGUGUGUUCAAGGAUGGGGAUAUUAUGGAGGGGGUUACGGGGGCGAAGCCGAAGGAGAUUAGGAAGGCGAUUGAGGGGUGUUUGUAG